GUUUGGAGGAGAGUUGUGGCGAGGAGAAGACCCUCAGAAGCCUAGGCAGAGAAAGGGAGGGAUGGAGGAAAAAAGAGAGAUGGAGGGGGAUGAGGGGAACUCCGCCAAGUCGCAGGUCGCCGGCAUCGGCUACGAGGAGACGAAGCUCAAGCUCGCGCCGCCGUGCAGUUCUGCUUCCAGGGCUGGAACGGAGCACCACGAUAGGAAGCGUCGCCGCGAUCUUUCCGUUGAGUCUCCGGAAGACCCUCAGAAUCCUAGGCAGAGAAACGGAGGGACGGAGGGAGUGAGAGACAUCGAGGGGGAUGAGGAGAGCUCUGCGGAGUCGCAGGUCUCUGGCAGCCGCUACGAGGAGACGGAGCUCAAGCUCGCGCCGCCGUGCAGUGCUGCUUCCCGGGCUGGAACGGAGCACCACGACAGAAAGCGCCGCCGCGAUCUUUCCGUUGAGUCUCUGGGCUCCCAGGCUUCUCGGCACGGGAAACCCCCGGCCGCCAAGGCCCCGGUGGUGGGAUGGCCGCCAGUGAGGUCGUACUGGAAGAAUACGCUGAGGAGCCGCACGUUCGUGAAGGUGGCGGUGGACGGGACACCCUACCUCCGCAAGGUCGAUCUGGAGACCUACGGAGGGUACCGAGAGCUUUUGACCGCCGUUCAGGCGAUGUUUUCCUCCUGCUUCACCAUCGACAACGGCAAUCGGUUGGUAGAUCUAGUGAAGGGGACGGAGUAUCUUCCUACUUAUGAAGACAAAGACGGUGACUGGAUGCUGAUCGGAGAUGUUCCCUGGAAAAUGUUUGUAUCAUCCUGUAAGCGUCUGCGUUUGAUGAAGAGCUCGGAAGCCGUUAAUCUGGUUCACUGCAGGCAUCUACAAACAGUCCUGGUGACAAUGAUCUUAAUAAUUGGUUUCCCUUGUUCCAAGGCGAUAAGCCCAAGGACAAACCGUUGUGAAAACUUUUUUACAUCUCAAUAAAAUCGUUUGGCUUUUCUUGCCAAACGACAAAAGACAUGCCUGUGCUGGGUCUGAUGCUUUGUCACUCCUUUUUCAUGAGUUGAUCUAAUUGGUUCCUUGAUCAAUCAAUCCUAACUAAAAGGUAAGAACAUUUUCCUCCAGUUGUCACUGGCUAAACAUCCUGAAACAGAAUGCUGCAUUGUCUGAUGUUCAACGCAGCCUUCCAUUUGUUUGUUUAGCAGUCUUUUCUUCAUCUUGAGUGUUGUUACAAUACUCUUCUGAUUCUGGUAUUUUGCUUGUAGUAGAUGCAACCUCAAGCUCAUCCUAAUGAUGUAAGGAAGCAUCAAGAUUAGAAGAAAUAAAAGCUGCUGUAUCCCAAUCCUGAUAAUAGCAUUGGUUCCGUUGUGUACGGGCAAACUUGUGUUGGCCCCGUUUAUGAGAUGCACGGUAAAGAGGCAGGGAAGUACAUGUACAGCUAUACACACCAUGCUUCUUCUUCAUCAUCAUCAUACAAUAAUAGAAAUUUUAUGUUUGGCUGGCUGGCUGGCUGGCUGGCUGGCUAUUUUGUUCCGAUCACAACAACAAGAAGCCGAAAUGCUAACUGUUCGUGGAUGGUUGGCUGGCAGACCACUUUUCAUAAGUCUGUCGAUAUAUAUCUCUUUGAUGAA